AUGCUGACAAAAGUAGCAGCGGCGUUGAGAGCCAACAGGGAAAUUCGGAAAGCCAUUGAGAUGAUCGAGUUUGUAGAGAGUCAAGAUUACCCUGUGGAGUUUGAGAGCUAUGAGGUAUUGGUUGAAGGUUGCCUUGAGGUUAGGGAAUACAUUUUGGCAGGGAAGAUGGUGAUGAGGAUGACUGAUAGAGGGUUCAUACCAUAUAUCAAGGUUAGGCAAAAAGUGGUCGAGCGUCUGAUUAGCAUUGGGGAAUGGAAGCUUGCUUGUACUGUUAGGCAAAGGCUUUCGGAACUGAGAUCUUAG